CAAUCGUCCAUCUCUCUGCUCCUUUCACCUUUCUCCAAAAGUACCUACGCAUUGUAAUGCCCAAGACCUCGCUGUUACUUCACAUCAGAGCUUGACCUCUCACCCCCUCGCGCAAUUUCUGUUUGACUCUGCAGGGACCGUGUCUGCCCUGCGACCAAGUAGUCGCUCCCUCUGCCGCGCCUUUCCGCAACAAUUUUUUUCUCCUUCUCCCCUUCCUCACGACCUCGCCGUCAUCUUUCAUCCACCCACUGCCUCCCCCGACCGCCCACUCUGUCUCCCGCACCCUUGAUCUUCGGCGCAUUGGCAUGAAUAGCAACACCUGACGAUACUCUUGGCCAGCACGUGAAUAUUGCUGUUGCGAAAAAGUUAGACUUCAAGCGACCGCCUACCCACAGACAUCGCAAGGGCAGCCAGCACCUUGAAAGCUCGCCUCGUUUAUCUCCUUCAUACGAAAGCCCGACUACCCCCCGCGACGAAAUCGCCGCAACCGCCAUCCUGGCCGCCAUUCAAGACUCUGCGCCUGCUUCGGCUUUGGACAGACUCGCAGACCACGAUUUGCCCUCCUUCCGAUCGGUCAUGGAGGAAGCUACCGCCCUCGCCAACCUCGCGUUGCCGCAGACCAACAUCGAGCCCAUCUCCCGACCCAGUUCGACCUCGACCUCGGAAUCUGCAUCCGCGUCUCUGCCCCAGUUGCCAGGCAUCUCGGCACUCGCCCAGGCCAAUUCCGCGACAAGUUCGCCACAGAUGCGAGAAGCGAUUCCCGCGACCGCUCCCGCCGCAUCCACACCGACACACGCGCCCGCGCCCGCGCCUGCACCAGCGCCUGCACCCGCGCCGACGCCGACCUACGCCUCUGGCGGAGGCUCCACUACCCCAACAUGUCAAAACUGCCAAACCUCAACUACGCCUCUAUGGCGCCGCGAUGAAUACGGAACGGUUCUUUGUAAUGCAUGCGGUCUCUUUCUCCGUCUGCACGGUCGACCUAGACCGAUUUCGCUCAAGACCGAUGUCAUCAAGUCCCGGAAUCGCGUCAAGACCAUGCGCCCCGGAAUGGCCUCGAAGAAGAAGCAGCAACAGCAACAGCAUGGCCACAACUUUACAGGCGCGACUGACCCGAACGGACUCGACCUUCACGGACAGACGCCCGGCUCGGCGCAACGAAGACCCUCCCAGAAGUCCACGAACGGCAACGCUGACGGUGACUCCCCUGGCUCUCGGAAUGGGACGCCUUCUUUGUAUAACCCUGGCCUUCCCGUAUUCCAAGGCAUGGACGACGCGCAGCUCCAGGCAGGCCUGCAAGGCUUCUCAGAGAACCGCGCCGGCUCCCCUUUAAACGGCGACCGCCACCUCGACGUUCCCCAGACCCACGAGCAGUUGAUCGCGACCAACUCAGCCCUCAAGACUCGCGUCAGCGAAUUGGAGUUGAUUAACGAACUCUUCCGCGGCCGUCUGAGCCAGAUGGAACAAGACGAGGCAAGCGCAAGACGUGGCCAGGAGAUCAGCGGCAAGGCCGAGGCCCAGCUGCGCAUGCAGCUUGAAACAAGCAAGAAGCAGUUGGAGGAAAGCCACCGCAGGGAAAACAAUCUCAAGCGGCGUCUUGACGAGCUGGAGCUGGAGCUGAAGGAGGCCAUUGACAUGUCGGACUCGGGUCGCGCAACAAAGAAGCUCAAGGCUACAGUCACAGACAUGGUCGGCGAAUCCGAAGUCUCGACGCCUCAGUCCACCACUUGAUAUGUCAACGAUGCGCAACAACCGCAACGAUGGCAGCAUUUCCUCGGCGGCCUGGAUGCGGCUGCCCAUGUGCUUAUGACCCGAGGAGCAGCAACAACUACCUUGUGUCAGGGCCAGUGUAUCACCAACUCACGCCGAAUUUCCUUUUCCUACCUCUGGACAGAGCGUUCGCACAAUCCACCAACCCCCCAACGAAAACACAAUUAAGGACCGGGCAGGCGUUGCUGACUUCACCACGCUUAUACCUAUAAUGCUGCGUGUUUUCCUCGUCUCUGUUUUCCUUUCUCCAUUUUCUCCACAUUGGCGGUUAUGCCUGGGUUGCGUCCUAGGCCCCACGGGGACGAAGGCUAUGAAGGUUCGGCUGUUAGAGGAAUGGGCGUUGCGGCCACUUUCGGACUCGGUCCCAAGAAGGAAGAUGACCUUAAUACAGGAGAGCAGAAGAUGAAUCUGAAGGGGGAAGUGGGACUGGUGUCAAUCAUCACCGGUGAUAGCCACACACUAAAAAAAAAACUUUGACGAAGAUUUGAGGGACGGGGGCUCUUUGCGAUGGAGUACAUAGGACGUUGCUCGAGGGCAAUCCCCUGGAAUAUGGGAUACUCAAAAGUCAUUUUUCUUUCCGCGACCGAAAAAAUAGAGGCUUGACGCUGUUGAUGAC